AUGGAUGGUGCACCUUCGAUCAACCCAUUCACCGUCCCAUUUUUUCCCUUGUUCCCCAUCAUCAUCGUCACCGCCACACUCAUUCUCAUCGCAAGCGCUGAAGAUCAAGAUACAAAAGAAAAUACAAAUAUUCCCAGUCUCCAGGAUGAUAAUGGCGCCGCCGACCUGUCAUUACAACCACCGGUAUCAUCAAAAGACCCCGAUCAAGUUGUAACAAAAUCAGUUGCAUUCAAACCUAGCGCAGCAGCGAUCGUAGGUGUUUUAGCAACCACAUUUUGCCUCACAUUUUUACUCCUUCUCUACAUGAAAAACUGCGAUGGGGUUGCUGCCAACAACACAGAUCAACAUGGACAUGGGGAUUUGCAAGACAGGGAGAAUUCCGGGAUUGGACGGACAGCUGUUGAUAUGUUGCCGGCAUUCGAGUUUGGUUCGUUGAGAGGACAAAAACAAGGACUUGAAUGUGCGGUUUGUCUCACUGGGUUUGAGGAUCAUGAUAUAUUGAGAUUAUUGCCAAAAUGCAAACAUGCUUUCCAUAUGGAGUGCGUCGACACAUGGCUUAACCAACACUCCUCGUGUCCGCUCUGUCGCUAUAAAGUUGAUCCUGACGACGUAUUUUCUUCUGAUGAAGUGUUGAUGUCGUCAGACGAGGAAAGCGGGAGAGUUAUGAGUAAUGUCAUCAACAACAAUGAGUCGUCACAACAAGAAAAUGAAAGUAUAGGUUCACGACGAGUUUCUUUUGUGACAGAGAGGAUGUGUGAAGGGUCUUUGAUUAGUAGUCAUCAUUCAAGAAAGGUAAAGAGUGAAAGUGUUAUUGGACAACAUAGGUUACAUCACCAGAUAGUUUUGUCUCCUACAUGUUCUAUCCCUUCAGAUAGUGGUGUUCCCCAACGGUGGAGCAAUUUUGAAACAGAUGAUAUGCUUUACUUAACUUCUGAUAGGAUUAUUAGUUGCAGUUCGUCUUCACAUGACCGAAGGAGAAGCGCGGUGAGGCGAUAUCACAGUAUUGUUGAUGAUGAGAUGGAGAAUGGCUUUGGUGGUGGUGGUGGGAGGAGGAGAAAUGAGAGGGAUUUGAGCGGUACUGUCUCGGAUAUGACAGGGAUGCUGAGGAUUUUGAAUAGGGAUAGAAGGAGGGAAAGAGACCGGCGUGGUGGUGGUGAUGGUGGUCGAGAAGAACAAGAACGGCGACGGGAGAGUGUGGCUUCGAGGUGGUGGGCUUGGAUUUCUAGGUCACAACUAUCACAUAGAUCAAGAUCAAGUUUUGAAUGA